GAAGGACGUUCACGUUCACGUUGACCUUCGACGCGGUGCGCGCCGCUCCUCGCCGACGCGAGCCUCCACCUUCCUGUGGCGACGCGCCCUCGCCAUGCCACUCUCAGUGCUGUGUCUUCUGCUGGCUGCUGUUCUCGUCCUGGCCGGCGGGCUCAGGGACCACGGCGCGGACGCGACCUCGGGGCCCUCGCUCAACAGCACCGCGGUGCCCCGAGUCACGGACGGCACCACGCAGCGCCUGGACGCCAUCAACGCCACCAGCAAGGUCGCCGUCAAGGCCGUCCCCGUCAAGGUCGCCCCCGUCAAGGCCGUCCCCGUCAAUGCCUCGCGCAAGGCGGAGGGGAAGUCCAAAGUGAGCACCGCGUCGACGGGCAGGGCGAACGGCGCCGCCGCCAAGCCCAAGCUCAUGGUGGUGUACGCCAGCAAGGCGGCGACGGACAACGAGACGACGCCGCGCACCAUGCUGUUGUGGGAGGACGACGAGGAUGGUGCCCUGGACCGCGCGGACAAGGACGUCUCCGAGGAGCCGAGCGCCGACCUGCAGCCCCCCAUGGAGGACGCCUCCAGCUCGGUCCGCGGUUUCGACUACCGGAACCCACAACUAGACGACGCCGGGACUUCGGCAGGAUACGACUACCGCAAGCCCCAGCAGGACGAAGCCAGGCCCUCGGCAGGAUACGUCUAUCCUCGGCCUCAAGAGGACGAAUCCUCGGCAGGUUACGUCUACCCGAAGCCUGGUGGGGGAUACACCUACCCCCGUCCCCAGCAGGACGAAUCCAAGACUGGCUACAGCUACCCACGGCCCGUCCAGGCCGAGCCAUUGGCCGAGCCGACGGCAAGCACUUGGACCCCGCUCGACGGGGACUACCUGCCGCCCAAGGAGCUACUUCCGCUGGAGGAGCCGGCGCGCCCCGCCUGGCCCUAUGGCCCGAGCAGCACGCCGUCGCGGCCCGCCCCCGCCUACCUGCCCGCCAAGGUGCCCGCCAUGCAGGACGAGUUGCCCUUCAGUUACAACCCACCGUCAGGCGCGCCGGUGGACUCUUACAUCCCCCCGAAGCAGCCCCUCAGGGACGACGCAGAGGUCGACAGUUACCUGCCCCCAAAAGAGCCCCUCCACGACGACGUUCCCUCAAACUCGUACGGCCCCCCAAAACAACCCCUUCGCGACGACGUUCCCUCAAACUCGUACGGUCCUCCGAAACAACCCCUUCGCGACGAGGUUCCCCCAAACUCGUACGGUCCUCCGAAACAACCCCUUCGCGACGACGUUCCCUCAAACUCGUACGGCCCCCCAAAACAACCCCUUCGCGACGACGUUCCCUCAAAUUCGUACGGCCCCCCGAAACAACCCCUUCGCGACGACAUUCCCUCGUACGGUCCUCCGAAACAACCCCUUCGCGACGAGGUUCCCCCAAACUCAUACGGUCCUCCGAAACAACCCUUUCGCGACGAGGUUCCCUCAAACUCGUAUGGCCCCCCGAAACAACCCCUUCGCGACGACAUUCCCUCGUACGGUCCUCCGAAACAACCCCUUCGUGACGAGGUUCCCUCAAACUCGUACGGUCCUCCAAAACAACCCCUUCGCGACGACAUUCCCUCAAACUCGUACGGGCCCCCGAAGCAGCCCCUGGCCGAUGUCCUCCCGCACCCCGAGAGUGCCGUGCAGCUCCCCGAGACGUACUUCCCCGCCGCCCGGCCCGGCGUGGCGUCGCUGGACGCGGGCACGGCGCAGCUGGCGCACCUGGCGCAGCCUCGCCACCUGGACAACGCCCUCCGCGUCGGCGCGGCGGACGAGCACGGUGUCCGAGUCUCAGGUACGCUGGCUUCGACUGGCGUGCUGCUGCGGCACGCUGCGGCAGCCUGA